AUGAACACGUUUAACAGUAUCGUGGCUCCUUACAUCGGAAACGUAGAUAAGGGAAGCAAUUUAAACAGCUCACGUGGGUUUUAUGGGGAUUAUUCGUCUAAAGGGUUGAUUCAGAGUUAUGACAGGAAUAGGGUUGGGUCGUGUGUGCAGUGUGCUUAUUGGGGGAGGAAUGCAGACAGUGAGGGAGGCACUGUGGAUGCGGGCCUUUUAAACAAGGUGUCGGGGCCGUUCCUGGGCUACGGCGUUUAUUCGGCGAGCGGAGGCACCCAUCCCAGCGCGAGCGCGAAGAGUGCCUUGAUUAACAUCAGCUCAGUAAGCCAUCCUCCAGAAAACGCUAAUGUAAAUUUCAACGCAAGGGAGAACUUGAGUUUUAAUGCAGGCAGAGCUUAUGGGAAUUCCAUCGCACAGAGGCUGAACUACGGCUCAGGCGAGGGUGUGAGCGGCUACUUGGGCAGCAUCGUGGCGGAGCGCGCGAGCGGGGCUUUCCUCCAGCCGUUUGGAGAAGGAGUCACGAGCGUGGGUAGCCAGGUUAGCAGCGUGGCGGGACUGCCAAGCAACGCGGUGAGUCUCCCUAGCAACGUGGCGGGACUGCCUAGCAACGUGGCGGGACUGCCUAGCAACGUGGCGGGAUUGACUAGCAACCCACUGUCGACGCACCCCCUCGACGCAAACGCGAACGCCUUCCAGCCUCUAAACGAACGUGUGAGAUCAAAUGGGGAAAGCACCACUCUCACUCACACGCACCCGUCGAAUGCAGCUCACAGCGCGUACGAUUAUAUAACCCUAAAUCAACUGCGCAGCAGACAGUACACAACACCGUUCAAUUACCCAACCCUAAAUGGGUGUCUCUUAAGGAGCUUGAACUCGAGCACCGGCAACAGCGUAACAGAGUUAAAUAUGAAAACGAACGGGCGUCAGAAGAAUACGACAAGUGGGUCGUUCCCCUCGGAUGGGAACCCCUUUCAGUCUUCGGGCAUUGGCCUCUCCGGGGGGGAGAACAUAGACUCAGGUGCUGCUGUGAACGCCAAUCGGAUAAGCAUGGCUAUGCCUACCAUAAGUGUAGUCUCGCCACACCCAAGUUCGACAACACAGACUGCGUGUCUUACAGCACCGGGUAUAUGCAUGGGUGCGCCCAUUCCAUGUGUCACCUCGCCUAACGUACAAAUUAAUGGUGUAACCCCGGGGAGGGGAGGAGGAUUAAAUUUAAAACCGUUGGGAACCUACCCAGAGGCACCACACUCUCUUGGCGAUGUCGAAAUGAAGAACAUUAUUUACAGGAAUGGGGUGAACCAGAAGAGCUUCACUAACGAGGCGAAUUCGCACAGCUGUCUAAGAGUGAACAAUGAGGUGAUGAGGACGACUUUAGGAGGCGCCAUGGGCAUGGGGAAAACGGGGCGGAACAGCCACUCCUACGUCAGGGGGAAUACCAACGAGUCGGUGGGCAGUCACGCGGGAAGGAGCAGCAACACGGGAAGGAGUACUCACACGGGAAGGAGCAGUCACACGGGAAGGAGCAGCCACACGGGAAGGAGCAGCCACACGGGAAGGAGCAGCCACACGGGAAGGAGCACGCACACGGGAAGGAGCACUAACACAGGUCGGAGCAGCCACACGAUGUACCCUGCAAGUGCGCCCAGAAGGGACGAAUACGGAGAGGCAUAUGGAGGGCCCCCCCUGGACAGGGACCUUUUAUAUGCACAAAAUCGCAAGUCGUACACUCAUACGAGCGAAGCGAUAGAGCCAGGAUGCUACAAAGAAGGGAUCAUAACUAGUCGGAUGAGUCGACCCAUCGAUGGGUACACCCACUUGAGGGAACGGAAGAUACUAAAUAAGAGAAGCUACGAUUUGUUUGCCCACAGUGCUAAUGGGCCACGUGAAAAAAAAGGCUUCAACAGCUUCCAUUAUGCGCCAAAUCACUGUGAGUGAAUGGAGGCGAGUGGAUUGGUCGACACGGAUGGAGACGCCGAUGUGAACAGUGGUGGUGGCGGAAGUGGUAGUGUCGGAAGUGGUAGUGGCGGAAGCGGUAGUGACGGAAGCGGUAAUGGCGGAAGCGGUAGUGGUGGGCCGGGGGAGCUGCACAGGAAGGAGAUAAAGAAUCGCACGAGGAAGGAAAAAAAUGGACAGGGCGGCACUUCAGGAAAGACAAAACGGGCAGGUGGAGCGAAAGUGAGUAUAAAGGGUGUGGCGAAGACCAGCGAAGAGAAGCGGGGCGAGGUGGAUAGCGAAGGGGGGGAAGAGCGUAUCGGAAAUGAGGACGACGAUGAGGAGGAGGAGGAGGAAGGCGGCGAUAAGGACCAUGAGGCGAAUGAUGCAUCCGCUAAGGAGCUGCCCGAGGGCGCGGGGAAGAGUGCCACUAGCGACGAGCAUUCGGGCAACGACCUGAGCACUGACAGCGAAGAGUUGUAUGGAAGCAUGAGCUCGAGUGAUGACAGUGAGAAGGAUGGCUUUCACUCUGCAGAUGGGGCCUCCGCCGAGGAGAAUUUCGAAGUCGGUGAGGAGGAGGUGGAGGACAGCGAUAGCGAACGUGGAAGUGGUCGCGGAAGUGAUCGCGGCAGUGAUUGCAGAAGUAGUCGUGGUAGUGUCCGUGGCAACCGCAGCGAUGGCGAAGUGGGGGAAGCACGGUCGGGGGAGGGUGCCCCGCCGCAGAAGGACACAGAGGCGAAGAAAAAAAAAAGCAAAAUAGAGCAACCGAAUGCAGUGAAGCGAGAGCCGAACGUGUCGUGUGAGAAUGAACAGAAGGACGGCACGGCGGGAGAAGAGAAGGACGAAACAGAGCAGAGCUCGUCAUCUGCAGGAUGCACAAGCGACACGGAAGGGACCGAAAGUGAAACGGCUUCAAACUACGAAUCCGCGGAGGAGAGCUCGGAGUACCUCCUAGACUGCUCGUCGGACGAGAUCACCAGAACGGAAGGGUCCUGCCAAGGAAGCGGUAACAGCGAGGUGCCCGUCGGGGGAGAGGCGAGCCCGGCUAGAGGCGCGAUAGGCAGCGAAGUUGGAAGUGGAAUAGGCAGCGCAGUAGGCAGCGAAGUAGGCAGCGGAAUGGGCAUCAGAAUAGGCCGCGGAAUAGGCAGCGGAAUGGGCAGCGGCGUACGAGCAGCGGGGUGAAUGGACUAUAUCCACACAAACGAAAUCCUGAAGAAAAUAAAAAAAAAUGUAAAAAAAAAAAAAAAAAUAAAUAUAUGUGAAUGGAUUAUUCUGUUAUCAUACGUAUUUUACAAAAAAUCUCGUUACCUAGAUUUCAAUAAAAUUUAUUUGUAUAAUACCAUGAAAAGAUUAUCUCCAUUUCUUUUGAAAUUAAACAGAAGAUGUAACGACAUGGAAAUAAUAACUCUCUUCUUUUACUUGAGCAAGAUCUUCAUCCUAAACGAUAACUUUAUUUUUAGAGUGAAUAUUUUUUUGUUUAAUUGGUUCAUUCUUUAUGUUUAUAAAAUGAAAUUAAAAAGUGUCCAUUUUAUUGAGGACAUAAAUUUGUUAAUAAAUUUUUUUUGUGGAUUUUUGAUAAAUAAAAAAUUUCUGAAUUAUUCUCUUUUAUUUCUCAUCAACGUAGUUUUGCAGAAUGCUCGAGGGAAAUGUUUUUAUUUUGGGAGGAACUUCAACUAUGUGUGUUCUUUGUAUGUCUCUUUGUUUUCCAAAAUUAUUUGCUUGGCUGCUCGGUAUAGGGGUGCACUGAGAAGACAGCGGCGGGGAGGUCUUCUCACCAUGCGGGGGGGGAACAACAUCACGGGUGGUCAGAGUGAGAGGGAGGCAAGUAAGCGAGAGUUUCCAAAAUGUGAAACGUUUAAAGUCGAGCCACGCACAGAUGGGAUGGCCGACCUGAGAGACCCAACGAAUGAGUACACCCUCAGCGGAGGGAUCCUCCAAAAUGGCGAACAAGCCGAGGUGACAAAAGGGGACGCGGAGCCAGAGGUAGGAAAGAUAACCUCGCUAAAGGCAACCGCUCCGAAGUUAACCACAGAAAUACCCGCCGCGCUGAAGCUAACCGCCUCCAAACGGCAGGACCUCAUCCUCCUGUACGUCCUCUACGCUUCAAGAAACAACUCCUCCAUUUACGUGAACCUCCUGAAGCAUAUUUUGGAAGACAUUCUGAAAUUCAAACUGACUUACAAUUUCCACAGAGUAAAAAUAAAGAGCAGGACGUUUUACAAGAAAAUUAUUCGCUGCUUGAAGAAUGUGAAAAAGGUUGUGAACAGGUCACGCAGGAAGGGGAGGAGGGGGAGGAAAGGCAGUGCACGGGGGGAAGACGACCGCUCUGGGAAGUGGGACGACCACGCGAACGUUAAUUACUCUUUUGUGUACCUCCUCAUCGGUUUGUUCAUGGAGUACACGUCCUUCUCCUUCACUCGGCCCAUUGUGAGCUUCUUCAAAAAUGAGAAGCUAGCCAAUCUGCACAGAGAGCUCAUCUCCCACCUGAGAGACUACACAGACGUCACUUUCAAGUACAUGAAAUUUUUUGCCUUGGACAUGAUGAAGGUUUAUGGCAACAUUUGGCUCCGAAAUGUGUUUACGACUGUCAAUUUGAAGAAAAUGGACGGUGCGGCUGGCGAGGUGGGGGGUGCGGCUGGCGAGGUGGGGGGUGCGGCUGGCGAGGUGGGAGGUGCGACUGGCGAGGUGGGAGGUGCGACCGACUUGGUGGGAGACCCAAAUGGGUGGAGGCGCCGACGCACUGUUAAAAGGAGCUCAGUAAAUACCGAAGUGACAGCGAAAGGUGGCCUGUCCACCACCACCAUAACGGCCACGACGACCACAGUGAUUACCCUCCACGCGGGGUGUAACUCCUGUAGGGAGGAUGGAGACUUAGACCAAAAGGACACACCGCAAGAAACUCAAAAGGAUGAUUUAAAGCGAAUAAAUGGUGUGAUGGACACCUACCGAAUGGAUACCCCUAAGGGGGAAUUGCAAAAUAGAUGCGUGUGUGUCCAGAAUGAGGAGGACCCCUGCCGCAAAGCAAAUGAUGAGUCGGUACCGUUGGAGAGCUGCACGAAAGGGGAGGAAAACCCAAAGCGGGGGGAGAAAUGGGAGGAGCAUUGCGAGGUGGUCUCUUUCAAAGGCGAAGCGAAAAAACAGGGCGAAGGCGCCGAUGGGGGGUUACCCGAGUCAACAGUACGAAAAACAGCCAAACUGAAAUAUCCUGCCAAAAUGAAAUCCCCUGCCAAACUGAAAUAUUCUGCCAAAAGGGAAUCGCCAAAUGGAUUGCAAAAGAACGCUAAAGGAAACCACUACGCGAAUGAAAAUUUCGUGGAUGCCACUCUCUUCAUGUUGUGUAAAUGCCUGAAGGUAUUCAAGGGAAGUGCCACACUUAGCACUCUGUUCGAUAUUUUGUUUCUUUCCUUCAUGCAUAGAAUUGAUGGCGAGAGACUGAAACGCUUUUUGGUGGAAAUGUACACCACAGAUAAGGAACUCAGCGGGUUGGUAACGAAAAUAAUUUUUAGGAGUAACUUACGAGAGGAAUGCUUCCGCAAUGUUUGUUUUUUGAAUUAUUUUUUGGGAAGGAGGGAGUCGCUGGAUGUUCUGCAUCUCGAUUUGGGUAGCUUGCUGGUCGGGCUGCAGAUCGGCUUGGCUGACGUGUGCGCAUUUUACCUCAGGGGGUUCAUGAGGAGAGUAAUUUCGGAGAAGGAGAGUACCAAGAGAAGGGUGCCUGUACGUGGAAAGGAGUCCAGGUGUUUGGAGUGGAGAGCACCAUCGGGGGAGAAGCAACAUGGUUACCGUUGUGACUACUGCGAGAGGGGUGCCUUUUCGGACGGCGCGCCCGCGGCGGGGAAGAAGACCAAGACCCGCACAUGGGGUUCCCUCAACGUAGAGGGGGAGGAAGCGAUAUCGAAGGGGGAGGAAGCGAUAUCGAAGGGGGAGGAAGUGAUAUCGAAGGGGGAGGAAGUGAUAUCCAAGUGGGAGGACGUCAAAUGGAGCGGAAACGCCGAGGAGGUGAUGCAGAAGUACCACCUGAUAACAGUUGAAGAUGGUACAAGUAUGCCCCCCUUUAAGGGCAUGAAGAAAUGCUCAUCGUCGAUCUGUGUGAAAGCGAACCAGAAGGAGCGUGCAGUGAUGGCAACGAAGUUAGAGAGUGUAAAAAUAAGAGAGAAUAAUUCAAUAGGAGAUAAUGACCCGUUGUUUAGUGAAAGAACAGCACAGCAUAUUUUGUGCGUCCUCUAUGAGCAGAGGAGGAUGCGAGACGUUCCGCUUGGCAGCGUAUUCGCCAGGAUCGAUGGGAGCAUAUUUGGUGAGUGCGCAUUUGAUGGGAGCACAGUUGAUGGGAGCGUAGUUGAUGGGAACGCAUUUGAUGGGAACACAUUUGAUGGGAACGCAUUUGAUGGGAACGCAUUUGAUGGGCGCGUGGGGGGAGGAAGGACAAAGGAGAGGCUACGAGACGAGAGGACCCCCCGGUGUGCGACAAAAGAACGCAUCCGAGAACGGUACGCAAAUAUCCUAAGUGGUGUGCUGAAGUGGAACAAAAAAAACAUUGCCUAUAAUAAAAGGAAAGAGGAGGGAAAGCAAAAGGCAUCUCUUAAGAGGAGAAGAAACAAGUACACAAAUAUUAUCAUAGAUGUGUAUCCUUUGAUUUUUCUCUCCCUGGCCAAGCUACUUAAAGGAACCAUAUGCAUUAACGAUGAUGUGAAGGACAAGUGCUUCGAUGUAAAGAAUGAGGAGCUUCCCGUCCAGCUGCAGAUCUCUGUGGAGUUAAAUAAAAACGAAGAGGCGCUAAAAAUUCACCAAACGGAAAUGAAGUCUUUCGAGAGGUCCAAAUGGCAGUACUCCUUUGUUAGGAGGUGUCCCUGUGGUGGGAUUCCAUCUCGUGAAGCCGCACGUUUUGAGGCCCCACCUGGUGAUGCCCCACCCCAUGCUCGCUCCGUAAGGGCAACGGACCCCAGGCCACCGCAACACCCCCUGGGAAGAACCACCUGCAGCCUAAACCUAGCAAUCAAACUUUUAUACAGAGAAAUCAAAACGGACUUUUUCAUUUUGAGUGAGUACUAUGACGAGAAGGUACACCUCUACCGGACGCUACUAAUUCUGUUGGUGUUGAAGUAUCUGUCGAGUGGCCUGAACUUAUCCUCCUUUCGAAGGAGGUUCGUUCUUUUUUUUACUCAGAGAUUGUUUCGCUUGCUAUGUUUCCGAGUGAUGUGUUUGUUUUUGUCCGAUGUGCAUCUGAGCAAGCUGACUAGUGAGGUGCUCGUCGUGGAUGACAAUUUCCUCGUGAAGAGCUACCAGGCGAAGCGGCAAAAGAGGAGGUGCCAAAGGCAGGGGCGUCACGUGGAGGGGUGCCAAAGGCAGAGGUGUCACGUGGAGGGGUGCCAAAGGCAGGGGUGUCACGUGGAGGGGUGCCAAAGGCAGAGGUGUCACGUGGAGGGUGCGCAACUCUCGCCACGCCGGAGUCGACUCUUCAAGAAGAAGUCCUACAACAGGUAUAAGAGGUACGCGGAGAACUUUCUCUUCAACGUGGAGUUUGUGCGCGACGGGGAGGUGGGCGGAGAGGAAGUAAGCGGAGCGAAGGUGGGCGGAUCGAAGGUAGGCAGCAUGGAGAUAGACGGAGCGGCGGUGGGCGGAGCGAAGGCGGGCGGAUCGAGGAGGCGCACCGUGUACAAGCCGUUCGUCCCGUUCGGAAGCCUCGUGAUGACGAAGAGGGAGAUCCUAAAGCUGAAGUUGCAACGCAGGGAGGACAUAAAAAAGGAUAACCUUUACAUAAAUAAGCACAUAUUGAAGGGAAAGUCGAAAAGUAAAAGCAAAGGAGGACCAGAAAUGGGGAACCAAGUGCCAAGUGAGGAGAAGAACUCCGUCCAGCUGUCGAUCGGGUCAAUAAUUCUCCUUAUGAACACCCUCCGAAACAACAGCAACUACUCUAGCAACAUCAAUUUUUAUUUAAGUCUAUUAAUAGACAAAUUUUUGGAGAAAAAAAAAUAUAUACAUGUGGACGACCAGUAUCUUGUGCAUAGCUACCUGGUGAAUCUACAGAACCCGUUGCAAACAAAUUUCAAAAAGGAGCUCUUCUGCAUGAGUGAAAAAAACAGCUGGAUAAAAAGGAAAAUUGAGCUGAUUAACAGUGGGUACAAAUUUAUUACCUCCUCAUCUAGGUUCCCCAUUUUUGAAUUUAUUUUCUACGAGUCGCUAAAGGUUUAUUUGACUUUUCUGCACAAAAAUGCAUUAGGAGCGUUGGUUUGUAAAAUGUCCAGAUUUAACAGCAUGUAUGCAGGGAUGAAUAAAAAUUUGCGUUUCGGGAUGAAGAUUAACCACCUGUUGUGUUGUAAGUUGAAUACGUUGCUCAUUGAGGAGCACUUAAAUAUGCGUUUGAAUAAAUAUCGUUCGAGUGUGACCUCUAUCCUUUCUGCUUGCAAAUUUUUGUUCAUCUCCAUGUUGGAUGAGAGUGAGCAUUGCGACUUGGCUGUUCCCCUCUCUGCGGGGCGCCCCCGGCAUGGGCAAACCCAACGGGUGGAAGAAGCGGGCCAGUUGCGCGAUAAGGAGCAGAUGAGCGAAGCGGGGCAGAUGAGCGAAGCGGGGCAGAUGAGCGUAACGGGGCAGAUGAGCGCAACGGAACAGCUGGACAAAACGGGGCAGAUGCGCCGAGUGUGCUUUUCCGCCGGGGGGGAUGACCCCAUGCUAGGCAGGCACAUGCUGAUCGGUGGGGAGCAAGCCGAACGGCAAGGACUCGAAGGGGGAGACGCGUAUCACAUGCGGGUAGGGCAGAGUAAUCCCAGGGGUGGCGGUUCGCAUGGGGAAGGGCCAAACGUAGCAAAUGUGAGAAGCGUGACAAACGUGAGGAGUGAGCCCUGUGUCGCCCCGCGGAAGUACAACCUGAACGAGAAAAGGUCCGGGAGACUGGUGGUUGGGAACUGCACUAGGGAUUGUGUAAAUACCGCCGUGGGAACCUUGCAGAGGGGUGAAGUGGGGAGAUCAGCUGAGGACAACAGUAGGGGGUGGACCCAGGGGGAGGAGCUAAUCACCCCCCAUUGGUGCAACUCCUACCGCGCCUCCCAUGUAACAAUCGAACGCUGCACCAAGUAUCGAAUUGAGCAUUACUAUAAGGACGAAGGAGCAAACGUCCCUAUCAAAAAAAAAGGAGCCAUCUAUAUGAAACCAAACGACGUGAACAAGCUAAUCAAUUCCUUCCAGCUAAUGAACAGAACCAUUUUGGACUGCACCGAUUUUAUUUACGAGUUAUACUUUGCCGGUGAUAGAGAUUCUUUUCCACAGGAGGAGAAAGAGAAACGGAACAGACACAUCUACACAUGGUUUGAGAGUUGCCUAAAUGUGUUGACUUUCGAAAAAUGGGUCGUCCAUCAGCUUUACAACAAAUUUGAUAACGUUUCCUGCAUCUAUAUGUUGAAGGAGAAAAAGAUAUUGGCUAGCCACGUGGUUAGAAUCGAUUCGCAGAUCCUGCGCGACAUUGCCAGGAUGCAGAAUUACUUUGAGGAUCGGUUCGAUGAGGUGAAGAAGGCUUGUUAUUGUCGUGCGGAUCGGGCAGGGAAGCAUGAAGAGAGUGAACCCAUAUGCACAGAAAAUGGCGCAUCUAAGUUAGAUGCACUGAGGGGACAAGAACCAAAUGGUGCAGAUGUGGCCGGACAGCUUUGUGGCAACGCGGAGGAGCUAGCCAAGCCUGAUGAGCUAGCCAAACCUGGCGAGGUAGCCAAACCUGAAGAGCUCAUUGAGGACUAUGAUGAGUUAAACUCUUUUAUCGACUUUGGGGAGGACAGAUCGUCCGGUAUGCUGCUACAAGGAAUGAAUGCGCGGGCCCUGCAGGGCCAAGUCGGCGAGGAUGUUCAACGACUGAAUGAGUACAAGGUGGACGAAGGGUGGCUCACCUACAUCCGAUCGUUGAUUUGA